GCUCCCCCGGGCGCGCAGCGGCUCCGGCCUCCCCGUGGGGCAGGGCGCGGGAGGCGGCUGGCGGCAGCUCCCCGGCAGCCCCGCGCCACUCCGCCAUGGCUUUCGCCAAUUUCCGCCGCAUCCUGCGACUCUCCACCUUCGAGAAACGGCGCUCCAAGGAGUACGAGCACGUCCGCCGUGACCUGGACCCCGGCGAAGUGUGGGAGGUAGUGGGGGAGCUGGGCGACGGAGCCUUCGGCAAGGUCUACAAGGCAAAGAACAAGGAAACCGGCGAGUUAGCGGCUGCCAAAGUCAUUGAGACAAAGAGUGAAGAUGAACUGGAGGAUUACAUGGUGGAGAUUGAAAUACUGGCGACCUGCAAUCACCCACACAUUGUCAAGCUGCUGGGAGCAUUUUAUUGGGAUGGCAAGCUCUGGAUCAUGAUUGAAUUCUGCCCAGGCGGGGCGGUGGAUGCCACCAUGCUGGAGCUGGACCGGGGCCUGACCGAACCGCAGAUUCAAGUCAUUUGCCGCCAGAUGUUGGAGGCUCUCCACUACCUGCACAGCAAAAGGAUCAUCCACCGUGACCUGAAGGCAGGCAAUGUGCUCCUCACUCAGGAUGGGGACAUCAAGCUUGCUGACUUUGGAGUGUCUGCCAAAAACAUGAAAACCUUGCAGAAACGAGACUCCUUCAUUGGGACCCCAUACUGGAUGGCCCCGGAGGUGGUGAUGUGUGAGACCAUGAAGGACACUCCAUACGACUACAAGGCAGACAUCUGGUCCCUGGGAAUCACUCUGAUUGAAAUGGCCCAGAUUGAGCCCCCCCACCAUGAGCUCAACCCCAUGAGAGUCCUGCUGAAGAUUGCCAAGUCUGACCCCCCCACUCUCAGCUGCCCUUCCAAAUGGUCCCUGGAGUUCAGAGAUUUCCUGAAAACAGCGCUGGACAAGAACCCAGAGACCCGUCCCAGCGCUGCCCAGCUGCUGGAGCAUCCCUUUGUCAGCAAGGUGAGCAGCAACCGGGCCCUGCGUGAGCUGGUGGCCGAGGCCAAGGCUGAGGUGAUGGAGGAGAUCGAGGACAGUCGGGAGGAAGCAGAAGAAGACGACUCGUCAGAGUCUGCCUCACCCCCUGGUAAGCACAAGCGGGACCCCUCUGAGGCAAGUCAGCUGAGUUUUGAUGGGGAGAAGCCUCUGGAUUCUUCCUUGCCCAAGGCAGUGAAUGGGUCUGUGGGGGCUGGCAAGGAGACCGCGGCUGGACAGAGCAAUAAAGUCUCAGAUGAUGCGGUAAACGGUGACAAUGACAAACUGGAGAGCAAGCACUCCACAAAACCCUUUGCCAGCUCAGCCACCCAGGGCAAGCCUGACCUCAUCUCACAGCCUGGACAGCUGGGUGAGUCAACAGAAGGGGACAAGCAGCCCAGGCCAGGCAGCAAAGAGCGGAAGAGCAUCGUGGAGCGACCAGAGAGUAGCCACCUGGAAAACUUCACGGAGGAGAAGCUUGCCAAUGGGAGCUUGGAGCCCUCAGCUUCAUUCCCUGGCAGCCAGUCCAAAGAGGGCUCAGAUUCUGGCAGUACCUCAGCCUCUGAAAGCAUGGAUCUCACCAUCUCCCUGUCUGCUGAUUUGUCCCUCAACAGAGAGAGUGGCUCCAUCUCCCUGAAGGAUUCCCAGAUGCACAAGAAGACGCUGAAGCGCACCCGCAAGUUUGUGGUGGAUGGAGUAGAGGUCAGCGUCACCACCUCCAAGAUCAUCAGUGAGGAUGAGAAGAAGGAUGAAGAGAUGAGAUUUCUCAGGCGCCAGGAGCUGCGGGAGCUGCGUCUCCUUCAGAAGGAGGAGCACCGAAACCAGGCCCAGCUCAACAGCAAACACCAGCUGCAGCUGGAGCAGAUGCUGCGGCGCUUCGAGCAAGAAAUGGCAACGAAGAAGAAGUUCUAUGACACUGAACUGGAAAACCUGGAACGGCAGCAGAAGCAGCAGAUUGAGAAGAUGGAACAGGACCAUGCCCUGCGCCGGCGGGAGGAGGCCAAGCGCAUCCGGCUGGAGCAGGAGCGGGACCACGUCAAAUUCCUGGAGCAGCUGAAGCAGAUGAAGAAGGAGGUCAAGAAUGAAGUCGAGAAGCUGCCGCGGCAGCAGCGCAAAGGGAACAUGAAGGCAAAGAUGGAUGACUUCGCCCAGAAGAAACAAACCAUGGAACAGGAGUUUUUGGCCAAGCAGAAGGAGGACCUGGAGCUGGCCAUGAAGAAUAUAACUGCCCAGAACAAAAGAGAGAUCUGUGACAAGGAACGCGAGUGCCUGAACAAAAAGCAGCAGCUCAUGAGAGACCGGGAGGCAUGCAUCUGGGAUCUUGAAGAGCAUCAGCAACAGGAGAAACACCAGCUUAUCAAGCAGCAGCUAAAGGACCAGUAUUUCCUCCAGAGGCAUGAGUUGCUCCGGAAGCAUGAGAAGGAAAGGGAGCAGAUGCAGCGGUACAACCAGCGCAUGCUGGAGCAGCUGAGGGUUCGGCAGCAGCAGGAGAGAGCUCGGCUGCCCAAGAUCCAGCGGAGCGAGGGCAAGACGCGCAUGGCCAUGUACAAGAAGAGCCUUCACAUCCACUCCAGCGGGAGCCCGGCCGAGCAGCGCGAGAAGAUAAAGCAGUUUGCACAGCAGGAAGAGAAGAGGCAAAAAGCAGAACGGCUGCACCAGCAGCAGAAGCAUGAGACGCAGAUGAAGGACAUGCAGGCCCAGUGUGAGAGCAACACGAACGAGCUCCAGCAGCUGCAGAAUGAAAAGUGUCACCUCUUGAUUGAGCAUGAGACCCAGAAGCUUAAGUCUUUGGAUGAGAAUCACAACCAGCACAUGAAGGAGUGGCGAGACAAGCUGAGGCCACGGAAGAAGGCCCUGGAAGAUGAGCUGCACCAGAAGAAGCGUGAGCAGGAGAUGUUCUUCAAGCUGAGCGAGGAGGCAGAUGGACCUCCAGCAUCCCCCACCAAACACGCCAAGUUUGUCCCAUUCAGCUCUGCAGAGAGUUUGUAACACCCUGCAGCUGUCAGGCCACCAGCUGGUACUUGCUGUGUCUUCCUGGGCUGCAAGUGGGUGACAUGGACUUGGAAGAUCCUCUUGGCAGCCUCUUACAACAGCAUCCUUCUGUCCCCUCGCUCUGUCUGGGAUAAGCGGGACCUCUGUCCUGCACUGGGGAAUGCUGGUCAGAAGUUUUGGUGGCUUUUCCAGGAGCUGGCCUGCUCAGCACAGCUCCAGGCUGGGAAGCCAGGCAGGACCCUUUCUGCCUUAGCACUUGCACUGUUAGCUGAUCAUAUUGCCUCUCAUGUGAGCCCGGUGCCCACUGGGCUUGUCAACUCAGACUGAAGCAAUAACCUCUCUGAGCAGGAGAAACAGGUGGUGGCUCCUGCCCUCUGUGCAGGGGUUUUCAGCCUCUCUCUCCACUGUGGCUGCUCCUCCUCCUGGUCCUCUGUAAGGACUAGGCUGGGGAAGAGCAGCUUUGGCAUUGUAUUGGGCUAAACUGUGCCCCCCAACACUUACCUUAAUUUUAUUUCUGUCUGCUGUGGCCCUACUUUGCUCAAGGGAGAGACAGUGAUCUGGAUGUUCCCUGCCUCUGAGAAGGGAGGGUUGAGGUUUCCCUUUUCUCUUCCUCCCUGCACAGACUAUGCAGAAAGGGGACUGGCUGCAUGUCCUUCCCAAGAUGCUUCUUCAUUUGCCAUGAUUGCUGUCAUCACAGUCCCUCUGGCACCUAACUAAGAUUAUCUUAUCAUAGGCAGGACUGUGGCAUAAUUAAACUGUUCAUCUGGCUGCAUGCAGGCUUUUGUCUCUUGGAGAAGCAGAUGUGCAGAGGGGGAGGUUGAGGUUUGUAAUGGUGCACAGUGCUGUGGUGACACAGUGAGGUGUCAGUCACAGUCAUGUGCCUUCUGGUAGGGAUGAGUGGGGGCUGAAGUUGUUAUUGCCAGAGCUCUCAUGAUCACACAUGUGCUUGAGAUGUAUUUUUUUUUUUCAGUGAUAUAUAUGUGUGGGCCAUGUGGGUCAGCCAGCUUGGCCUCUGCAGUCAGGGUUGUGGGCUGCAAAGCAUCAUUUGGAAGGAAUGAAGAAGCCUUGAAACAGUAAUGCAAGGGAAGAAGAGAUGCAAAGACAUUGCUUUCUUCACUGAUGUCUUAUCUCCUUGAAAUAUGCCAAAGUUUCUGGCUUUAAGCUUGGAGUCACACUGCAGAGCAGCAGAGCCACAGCAGGCCCAGCCCUCUGUCCUUUCUUCUCCAUGGUGGUGUGUCUCAGCUGGGCUGCUCUCCUCCUGCAUUAAGGAGGUGGCUGACCUGCUGGGUAGGACCCAGAACACAGACCUGAGUAGGAACACGCCCCUCACUGGGCAGCACCUUCUUUACACAACCAAAAGGUGUAAGGUAGCACUUAAGUGUUUUUUUCCUCUCUUUUAAUCUCUGGAAAACAUUGUUUGGUUUAAUCCUGCUUCCCUAGCAAGAAAAAAAUAUUUCUG